GAUCAGGUUGGGCACCUCCUGAGUUCUCUUAGGGACCAUAGAGCAUAUUCUCACAUCACAGAGGAAAAAGUGGGAAAACUUCCCUUGGAACUUAUCCUCACUCAUUCAAUCCAAACACGGUUUCAACUUUCAAGUCGCCAUAACGACUCUACUACCAAUGGACAAUUUUCAAGUACAUGUGGACGACUCCUCGACCUCUCGCGUCUGCACUGGAUCAAACUUUCUAUCAGACUUGGUCCAUGGCGACGGAGAAGAAGAGAGAUUCGUUGUUCGUUUUGGGAAAAGUUCCUAUAUCUUAUUCUUGACCUCUACAUCAUAUCCUUAUCCAGAAUGGGAGGCCGCCGACGCCAUUGAAUUCUGCCGCUACACUAUCACCAAGUCGAAAACAUACGGAGUUUGCGUCUUUUCACUAGGAGAUUCCAAGCUUAUGAGCGAAGGCUCGUCCGCCAAAUGCAUGGUCCUUUCUAUACUUAAAACUACAAGCCAUGGGGCAGUUUCUGUGCGGGAUGUGCAGACCUUCCGGUUCAUGAAACAAUCAGCACCUGGUUUACCUGGGGUUGACACGGACUGGAUAAGAUCGUGUCUGGGCAAAAGAAGUUGUCAAAUCAUCCUCCUUACGGUUCUGGUCAUCUUGGUGGCCUGCGCCGUUGCUUUCCUGGCUUUACGCUCGAUCUCUGGCCACCAUAAAGAUGGCAUCUGGGAGCGCUACAACAUCGACGGAAGUCGAGGGCCACGUUACCAACUGCAAUUUGACCACCACAACGUAUCCGAGUGGGAGGAACGCUACCCCAACCCAAAUCAAGAAUGGUUCCUCCGAAUCGACGACCAAGCCAUGAUCCCUCUGGACUUUGUGACCGACGAAGAGCUCCGCUACCAGCACUGGUUCCAAACGAGGUACCCCGAAGCCGACAACAUCCGUCUCGAGGGAAAAUACCUCUCAGCGGCAUUCCUCAGUGACCCGGAUAUCAUACAGGUCCCAGUCGACAAGACCUUCCACAUGGCACACUGCGUAGUGGCGUUGCGACGCUACUGGACGGCUCGGGAGUCCAAGUCGCACGUGUGUCCGCGCGAUAUCGAUUACCGCCACAUGAAGCAUUGCCUAGAUGCCUUGGACAUGUGGGCGUUUCCCGAAGGACCUCAGCACUCUCUACCCUUGUCGGGGCACGGUUCUUCGAUGCACGGCCAUGAAGGCCAUAAGACUAAUAAGGCCAGGAACACCGGGUAUUGGAUCGAUGAGUCGGAUGAUUCGAGGCUCAUUUGGAAGACUAAGGUAUGCUUCAAUUGAAUCUUAGCUGUAGAACAUGUCACCCUCCUUUUUAUGUACUUAGCAGCUUGUAUGCUGUGAAGUUUGGCUGUACAUUUUUUAUUCAAGAGCCAUGUCCUUUGCCACGAUCUACAUGACCGUCUUGACGAGUUAUUUUAAGUAGAACAGUCUAUUAGCUACAAUAUACCUGUC